AUGGCUAGUUUCGGUGAUCAUGAUGAGAUUAUUAAGUCUAUAUCUGAUGCCCCGCCAACGCAUUACAUGGUCAAGAUAGAGUCUUUCUCACUCCUUGCAAAGCAUGCUAUAGAGAGAUAUGAAACUGAGAGCUUUGAAGCUGGAGGCUACAAAUGGAAACUGGUCCUGUAUCCAAAUGGAAACAAGAGCAAGAAUACAAAAGAUCAUGUUUCUGUUUACUUGUCUCUGGCAGACUCUACUUCAUUAGUUCCUGGAUGGGAGAUUUCCGCUGUUUUCCGUCUGUAUCUGCUUGAUCAAAACAAAGAUUGUUAUCUGAUUCUACAAGGAAAAGAGAGACGGUUCCAUGCGGUCAAGCGUGAAUGGGGAUUCGAUAAAUUCAUCCCUACCGGUACCUUCUCCGAUGCAUCAAACGGUUACCUUAUUGAAGACACGAGUAUGUUUGGAGCUGAUGUUUUUGUCUCUAAGGAGAGAAGAAGCGGGAGAGGAGAAUGUUUGUCAAUGAUCAAAGACGCUACGAGCUCUAAACACGUCUGGAAGAUUGAGAAUUUCUCCAAGUUAGAUAAAGAAAGCUACGACUCAAAUGCUUUCUUCGCUGGAGACAGAAAAUGGAAGAUACGGUUUUAUCCAUCGGGAACCAAGCAAGGAACAGGAACCCAACUUUCUGUCUUUCUCAUCCUCGCAGAUCCUGAAACUGUUUCAGACGGUACAAAGAUAUUUGUAGAGUUUACGAUACGGAUAUUUGAUCAGCUUCAAGGCAGGCACAUUGCAGGGAAAGUUACUAAAUGGUUCAGUCAAUCGAGCUUGGAGAACGGAUGGGUUAAAUACGUAUCGCUGGUUUAUUUCACGCAGCCAAACAGUGGCUUGUUGCUCAAAGAUGUCUGUCUCGUUGAAGCUGAUGUCUCCGUUCUUGGAAUCACUAGUGCACUCUGA